UGUGUACUGAAAUCCAUAUUCGAAACAAAACUCAAGCAAGUAUUUACUCCAAAAUCCCUUUACGUUUGAAUCCAGAAAACUCUGCUGAACGGCUAUGCGCGCCAUCGAUUUUCCAGGCGGGUUUUGUCCGGAGUAUGUCAGUUUUACUCGUGAACCGUAAAACAUCGAAAAUUAACACAAAAUGCCAGAAAAUUACAGCGAACAGAACCAAAUGGUUUUUUCGUUAUUGGCGAUUGCGGCUCUUAUCUUUUCGGCGAUUAUAUAUGCCAGAAUUGGCACUGCUAAUCAUGGAUAUUUGGAUGAAACUUACAGUGAUAUUAACGGGAGUCUUAAUAGCAAAGUAAAUACAGAAAAUGAAAAGAAAAAUGUUUCUUUUAAGGAAAAAGUUACAUUUCCACCACAGCCUUCGUGCCCUUUAGAAGAUAAACAUAUUCAACUGAACAUGCUGUGUACCCAAUUUAUUUUCGAAAAGUACAACUGCAAGCCGGAAGACGUUUUAAAUCCAUUGAAACACAAGAUUCCCAAGUUUUAUUAUCAAAAUUCAUUGAAGAAUAAUUCCAAUAAUGAUACUCAGAACACAAUAGUAAACUUCAUAAUCGCCGCCCUGCUCCUUACCUCAUUAGGCGCCGCCCUUUUGGAGUUCUACCGCGCCAAAAUCGUCCCCCGCACCGAUGACAAAAAGGGCAACAAGGGAAACCUUAGCAGGAAAUGUUCCCUCGCCGAUCUAACAGUACUAAAGCACCACCGUAAGGAGCUAAUACGAAGAGAAAGCGUUUUAGAGCAACACCCGGAGGAACCAGGAAGUCACGGUUCCUCCCAGCAGGGUAUAAAGCCAUACACGUUACGCCGUAGAUGCUCUUUUCCAGCCUCCUUUCCUACCAAUGACAACUUGGGAGGUGGGGUAAUAUCCCGAAACUCUAAUAGAAGAAUGUCGAUAUUAGUCAACGAGGCAGGUAGGAAGUUAUCAUUAGUUCCAGAUGAAAAUGGUUGGAGGAGAGGCAGUUUGGUGGGGGGAGAAGAUUGUUCACCAGAAAGGAGAGUUCAUCAUUCCAGGCUUGUAGUGCAUAGGCAUUAAAGGGCGGGUUUUGGGGCAGCUAUAACUUUUACCCACUAACAUUUUUCAUGUCUGUUUAGUGGGUCUUGCUGCGUCCCAUAUAUGAAACAUAUACAAUGUCUCAGGUAUUAAAACCCCUUUUAUGGAAAAUUGAACGAAUUUAGUCUGCUUCACAAUCAAUUUUUUAUUUUUUUAUAUAUAAAUAAGGAUUUUUUUUGAUAUUAACAGCUUCUAUACAUAUAUAUAUAUUUUUAAGGAUAAUGAAAGAGGCCUUUUUGGCACAAGAAAGUCUUAAGUAAAGAAGCCCUUCAACGAAUAAAUUUUAAUAUCUAAAUCAAUAUAUAUUUUCCUAAAAUUUAUUUAUUAAAUAUAUUUUCGAAAUACUAAUUAAAUACUUAUGUAAGUAAAUUAAUUAUAUAAUUAAAUAUGAAUUUAUUAAGAAAGGCACAUAUACAGGGUGUUACAAAUUCAAGGACAUAAGGACAUUUCACCUUUUUAGUUAUAUUUUCAAAUAAUAACACUUCCACUAAAACUCGAAUAUUAAAUACGGCCCUGAAAUGGCUAUAAAGUGUCUCUGAUAAAAAUAGGCUAAACAUUUUCCAAAACAUAUCCCUCUUUGUCUUACAUAAAUUUUUAAAUUAACUUUGAACUUACAAAAAAAUUUAAAUUAACUUACAAUUUAUUUUGACUAUGCAUAACUAAUUCCUUCCCUGUUAGUUUGAGUCUACGAGCCUAAGAUACUUCUUAGAAGCAAGUAAAGCCCGAAAAUACGAAAACAAGCUUUCCGAGCAGACGGUAACGACUUUCUAUCAAAUGCUGAAGAGUUGAAACAAGGGAUCAAAUCACACCCAAGCCAAGGGUAAAUUAAAGAGUUUUGGGGAAGUCAACUCUCAAUGCCAAUAGUUAACAACGAGAAUGCUAGCUUAGUGAACGCAGAAAGGCUUACUGCUCGAGGAUACAGCUAGAUUGAAUGUAAACCAUUCACUGCCUAAAAAGUCUCCAGAGUUAUUCAAGAACUUCAUAACCGGAGAACAGAUGGCGUCCAAAAUUUCUAGUUAAAAAAAACUGCGACACAUACGAAAAGUUAACAAAUGACACAGAAAAUGCCUUGGUUCCUCCCAGGGAUCAACAUCUCUUAUACCAAAGGAUCAUAAUAAUACCGAAGAUUCAUCAAAGUAUAGACAAAUCACAUGUCUUUCCACACUCUAUAAAUAAUCACAACAUAUCUCACUAGACACAUUUAUCAACACUGCGAGUUGCUGACAUUAUCGCGUCCCAUUAGAAAAGUUGAUAUGGGCUGAAACGAACAACUCAUAAUUCAUUCUGUCUACAAACGACAGUAUAAGGUACAUAACAAGAAGAGAAAUCUCUUUGCAGCCUAUGUAAAUUACAAGAUAGUCUUUGAUUCUGUACUACACAAAUGGCUUUCAGCUAUACUCAAUAUAGAGGGUGUCCCGAAAGUAAUGGGACAUAGAACAACAGUAGAUCCCUUACGUCAAAAUAAUGUGAUUCGAGGUCAACUUGC